AUGCCCAACUGGGUCUCACGUGAGCCCGGUAUUUCCAGACCACGGAAUUCCUUCAGUCGUUCUCCUAUGCGACCAACUCCCAUUUCGACUGGUGCUACAACUACUGCAGAUACAAUUCAGUCGAUAGAUAAGUCUUCAACGGGCUUAUCGUUUUUAAAUGCAACGGCUGUUGGAUUCGUCUCUCCGAAACUCAUCCGUUCUCCUGCUCUGAAAACAGCUCUGACCACUCCGAUGAUGGAAUCGUCUACCGUGUUGCCUCGGGGUGAUGUAUCGAGGAAUUUGUUCCAUCCGGACUUCGAGGGCUCACUUUCCGAGGUGAGCGAACGCGGGUUAACCCAAUGGCUGAACAGUGUUUUCGCACCGUGCACAGUGGCCAACAGCGGGACACUCAACUUUUCCGGCAAGAUUACAGAGAAAAUGUGCAUCCCAGGCAGCACUUCAUAUUGUGAUGUGGUGGAAAAAGCACUUAAACUCCGUCACACGGUCACGGUGAUCGGACCCGGACAACGAUUAGAACGUGAAGUAGAUGAGGGCAAAAUCGUUCCUAUGUCCGAUCUGUCUCUGUUAUCGGAUAAAGGUGCGCAACAGCGAUUGCUGGAUCACCUGCUUAACACGUAUGCCCCCAUAUGGCUACAUGUGGCCGUGGAUACUUUGGUAAAUCGGAAUUCUGAGACCGGGUCAUCCACUGCGAUCGACUCAUUCGACCCACCCGAACCUGGAAAUUAUUCAUCCGUUCGGACGAGUUGUCCCCUCAGUCGCAAGCUACGAGUCUACCUCUUUGCUCCUCCGCGUUUGCACAAAACUACUUCUGCUGUAUCGAAGACAUCCGAGAAGAGAAUGGUAUCCUCGAAAGUUGCUGCAUCAGGUUCAGUCUGUCCCUCGCGUGAUCUGUUGCACAACCGUCAUGCGGUGAAGCGCUUUCUCAUUCUCGUUUGGUUUCUGGACCGUCUGAAGUCAAAUCGUUUGAUUGAUUACAAUCCGUGCUUGUUUCGCAUGAAAUCUCACAUAAAGCUCGACUCCACUGUGGCUGUCGGCUACUGGCUAUUCGUGCAGUUUUUUUUACUCACAGUAUGGAUGUCCUCUUGCUGA